AAGACAAAUGAACAGGGACACGACUGGAAGCAUGUUGCACACACUGAAUGUAAACUUGAUUACUUGCCGCAGUUGGAGAACGUGAUUGGAAUCAACCGGAAACAGAAGAGCGUGUUGUGGGACGCCGAGGAUCUCUGACAGACAGUCAGAUUGAUUGCAUGGUAGAAUGGGUGUCAAAAAACCCACGGUCACUUCAAACCCUACGUCUGCGGAUGAAGGCAGAAUUAAACAUUGAGGUAAGCGUGAGCACGGUUGCACAAUACUUGGAUGAACGGCCAAUUACCAUGAAGAAGUUGCAAGCAGUUGAGGAAUCAGCCAACACACAUGAGAACAAAAUGUGGAGAAAAGCCUACGUUUUGGCACAGUUACAAUCUGAGACUGAAAGGGGACAAGCCGUGUGGAUAGAUGAAACCAUUUUCAAUCUCUUUUGUGCCCGCACCAUGAAGUGUUCACCGCAUGGAACUCCUGCGCGAUGUGCAGUGCCCAACAGUCGAGGCCAAAACUUGCAUCUGCUUGGAUCCUUGACGAGCACUGGAUUAAUAGACUAUACCAUCAUGUGAGGAAGCUUUACUAAGGGAAGGUGCCCAGCGUGGUUGCAUCGACUGCUGGUUGCCAGUGGCUCGAAUUUUCUCAAAAACUGCCUCAUUGUCUGUGAUAACUCACCAUGCCACACGAAUUUGAAACACGUAUUCCAGGAGAAACCGUACCGUUCGGGCAGGCUCCUGUGUCUGCCGUCAUGUUCUCUAACACCGAAUCUCAUUGAGGGAAUCUGGAGCAUCG